AUGUCGGCGACACGCGCAUCGGCCAAGUACAGCAAAAAGGAUGGUCACCUCACCAUCUCCGACGACACGAAACAUGUCUUCUGGACGCCGAGCGAACCCGUGGGCGCCUCUCCCGCCGUGACGAUUGCCGUGGCCGACAUCACCAACCUGCAGCAAACCCCAGCGACGUCCAAGUCGAUUGCGUUGAAGGUCGUGGUGACGGAUGGCAGCCAUGUCUUUACCUUCUCCGACAAGCAAAAUGCGCGACAGGAGCAAGAGAGGGUGACGGAGACGUUGCGCAAUGUGAUUACGGCCAACAAAGCGCAGGCCACGGCGCAACACCUGGCAAAAAGCACCCCGACGACGACGACGACGGCGGCGGCGAAGAAUGCAUCCUCCCAGGCCGCUGCUGCACCCGCCGCCUCCUCCAUUCCCACGACCAAGGCGGCGGAGGAGGAAGGAUGGUAUGAUGACAACCAGCUCAAGUCUGACGACAAACUGCAACGAUCGCUGCUCGAGUCGAACAAGGGCCUGUCGGAGCGCUUCAACCAAUCCCUCAAGGACAAACCGCCCACCCUCUCCUUCCUCCAGCUCACCCGCCAAUUCUGGUCGUCGCGCCUCCACCUCCUCCGCGCGCAUGCCAUCGAAACGGCCCAAAAGCAGGGCGAAUACAAUGUUCUGCCCGAAAUCAAAUUCAUCCACAAACCCGCCGAGAAGGAGGGCGAGCCGGGCAUUAAACAGCUGCAAAUCACCAAGGAGCAGAUCAAACUCAUCUUCAAGCAGUAUCCCGUCGUGCUGGAAGCCUACAAUGCAUGCUGUCCGCCUCUCUCCGCCGGCCAAUUCUGGGAAAAGUUCUUCGCCAGUCGCUUGUUGAAGAAGUUGAAGGGCGAGAAGAUUCGAGACACAGAUCCCCGAGACUCCCUUCUGGAUAAAUAUCUCGAUCGAACGGAGCGUACUGGCCCGGCUUCCAUUGGACAUGUCCCACAUUUCAUCGAUCUCGAGGGAAAUGAGCAGAAUCACUCGCAAAAGCUGGGCAAUCGUCCUGAUCAAGACAUGCGGCCGAACAAGGUGCCCAUCCUGACCGUCUUGAACAAUCUUUCCGAGAAGAUGUUGAGUCAUGUGGCGCCCGAGGAUGGAGAGGCGCAUGGUCCCAUUGGCAUGGACGAGGAAACAUUUGAUCAAUUGCGCCUGAGAGACUUGGCCAUGGAAGAUGUGGACAAUCGCGUCGUGUUGAAUGUGAAGGAGCAGCAACGAUAUGUGGGAGGGAACCAAGACGAUCUCUCCGCCGAUGCAAAACGCUACGCACUGCAGGAUCCGACACAAGUCUUGACAUCCAUCAACGCCCAUCUGCAACCCUCACAUUUCGGCGCAGAUGAGCGUGGUGCGUUCCGUUUGGAUCAAGUGCUUGGAUUCCAGGCGGAAGAAGAUGACGACGAUGAUGAUGAAGGAAGUCAUAAACAGCCUACAAUCGGCUCGCACGCAGCGAUCAAGUCUACUACCGACAACCUCCUCUCUGCAAUCAACACUCGCCGUCAAGCUGCUGCUUCAGACCCCACCCACCUUCGCGGCCUCUCCCAAUCCACCUUUGACACGCUGCAAAUCACCCACAACACCACCACCGAAUUCCUGCAUUACUUCUGGACCCUCUUCCUCUCCGGUGAUGCUCGCAAGACCGACGAGCUGGAACAUCUCGUCUCCACCCUCGAUCGCUCUCUCGACAGAAUCAACGCCGUCGCGGAUGUUGCCGAAAAGGAGUAUCAAGUCAAGGUGGAUGGCUACACGGAACGGGCCCAGGCGGCGGCGCAGCGGAGUGGCAAGAAGUUCAAGUUGGGCAAUGUCGAUCGUUACGUUGGAGGUGGGGGGAGAAAGGUCGUGGAUGCAAUGGUCCGUCCGACCGUCGUGGCAUUGGGCGAGGCGACGGGCAAGUAUCGCAAGGUGUUGGAGGAGCAGACGAGAGAGGCCGCUGCUGCUGGAGCAUAA